GAGCGCGGUAGUUCUUUGGUGCUAUUACCGCCGUUGGUCAAGACCGGGUAGGCAAUCAGUGACUCCGGAUUUGUCGCCUCGUGAUUGGCCCUCUCGCACGCUUCUCCGCCUUGCUGUGGAUUUUGCAUUCGUGGUUUUCGCUGUUAACUUUGAAACAUGAGGGAGUGUAUAUCGGUGCACAUCGGGCAAGCCGGGGUGCAGAUCGGAAAUGCCUGCUGGGAGCUGUACUGCUUGGAGCAUGGGAUCCAGCCGGACGGACAGAUGCCCUCCGACAAGACCAUCGGGGGAGGAGAUGACAGCUUCAACACCUUCUUCAGCGAAACUGGCGCCGGGAAGCAUGUGCCCAGAGCUGUGUUCGUUGAUCUCGAACCAACUGUUGUAGACGAAGUUCGCACGGGGACAUACAGGCAACUGUUCCACCCCGAGCAGUUGAUCACUGGUAAGGAGGACGCGGCAAACAACUAUGCACGUGGACACUACACGAUUGGCAAAGAGAUCGUGGAUCUCGUCCUCGACCGGAUCCGGAAGCUCUCGGACCAGUGCACCGGACUCCAGGGUUUCCUCGUUUUCCACUCUUUCGGCGGUGGGACUGGCUCUGGAUUCACCUCCCUCCUCAUGGAGCGGCUUUCCGUAGACUACGGCAAGAAAAGCAAACUGGAGUUCUCCAUUUACCCUGCACCACAGGUCUCUACGGCAGUUGUCGAGCCGUACAACUCAAUUUUGACCACACACACAACUCUAGAGCACUCAGAUUGUGCGUUUAUGGUGGAUAAUGAAGCUAUAUAUGACAUUUGCCGUCGUAAUUUGGAUAUUGAAAGACCAACCUACACAAAUUUAAACAGACUUAUUGGUCAAAUAGUUUCAUCCAUCACUGCAUCCUUACGGUUUGAUGGUGCUCUGAACGUUGAUUUGACUGAAUUUCAGACGAACUUGGUGCCUUAUCCGCGAAUCCAUUUUCCAUUAGCAACUUAUGCACCCGUUGUCUCUGCAGAAAAGGCCUAUCAUGAACAGAUGACUGUUGCCGAAAUUACGAAUGCCUGCUUCGAGCCACAAAAUCAGAUGGUGAAAUGUGAUCCUCGACACGGAAAAUACAUGGCAUGCUGCAUGCUUUACAGGGGAGACGUUGUACCGAAAGAUGUAAAUGCAGCCAUUGCCACUAUUAAAACGAAAAGAACCAUUCAGUUUGUCGACUGGUGUCCAACUGGAUUCAAGGUGGGUAUCAAUUACCAGCCACCGACCGUGGUGCCAGGCGGUGACCUGGCCAAAGUUCAGCGAGCCGUAUGCAUGCUGUCCAACACGACGGCCAUCGCCGAGGCGUGGGCCCGUCUCGAUCACAAAUUCGACCUCAUGUACGCCAAGAGGGCCUUCGUCCAUUGGUACGUUGGGGAAGGCAUGGAAGAGGGAGAGUUCUCGGAGGCCAGGGAGGACUUGGCCGCCCUCGAAAAGGACUACGAGGAGGUCGCAACCGAUUCCGCCGAUGCUGAGGUCGAGGAUGGAGAUGAGUACUAACUCAAAAAUACUCCUGCCACAAUUAGGUCAAAGAAAAUCAUCCCUCGAAGUAAUGCAGAAUGUCAACCUGAAUUUAUUCCUUUGUGAAUUACAGUGGAUCCUCAGCUUUUAGUUUCGCGUAUUUCGAAUCAUAUGCCUAAAAAAACACUCAAAAAUCUCAAAAACCGACCCUUUGGUAAAAAAAAAAAAUUACUUUGGUAAAAAUUGAAAGUCUAUGAGUUCAAAAAACUGGAAAUGCCGGAGGUAUCUAUAAAAAUUUACCAACGCAGUUGCCAGUCUUAGAAAUAAAUCUCUUCAAACUCUCAUAACAUCAGUAAUAAGGCUUAGUUAUGACUGGAAACUUUGAUUCAACCUUCUGAAGAGUCUUCGGUGAUGUUAAACGUAUGAAAACAUGAAAAUGAAUAUUUCGCUUUUCUCCAAACCGGAUUUUGUGCUUUAUGAACUGAACAAUUUGAGUUUCCAUCUUAAGAAAAUUUUGCUCCGCUGCGACUACAUUUUGUACAUUUUAGCCAUUACAACUCCCUUCUCUCCAUGUAAAAUCGAAAUGUUAGUCUAUAGACCAAUCAUUCGGGAAGGGUCAUAAGAAAAGUGAAUUUUAAAAGCAUUUAAAUAAGCUCAAAUGCACUGUUUUGAAUUUUUAACCAAUUUUGACGUGGUCUUAUCGAUGAUCAGUGGAAGACCGCCCUUUGACUACAUAUAUUGACCAUUUGAUGUUUCCAAAAUAAUCCCCGUGAAAUUUUCAAUUUGAAAUCCAUUGAUCCUACCCAGAAUGCAUUUCACUAAAGCUGAGAAUCCACCUUAAUAAGGUUCCUUAAAAGUUCACAGCUGUUUUUAAAGUGUUUAUCCGAUAAGGGCAUCCAAUGCGAAGUUUCACUCUGGUGAUAGCUGAUGUUUUGCAUAUUCAUAGUUUUAUAUUUACCUUUUCUAUCCUCAUGUAUAAAUACUUCAAGCAAACUUACAGAAUGAAAAAAGUGAUAAAAUACCAAGUCAACUUUUUUGAAAGAUAUUGGUAAACAUAUUCAAACUUUUUUUUUGCAAUUUUGUGAGUUUCGUUCAAAGUACUGGCUAAAUUUCUCUACGAUUAUAAUUUUACCUAAUGAGUCUAGUGAUAAUAACAGGAAGCAAUAAAGUAGCAAAUUUUAGAUCUUUGUGACGUUAGCACAAAAUAACCCUCCUUGCUUCCGGGGUUUAGAUAAUGAGUGAUGAUUAGGAGAAAUACUUAACUGUGUGAACAAAUAUAACUUGAAAUUAUCCGAAUUGCUUCUAAUUACGACAUCCUUAACAUAUAUUAAUAUCGUUACACGGGGAAUACGCUGAAAACUAGAGCACUAAAACGUAAUAAAAAUUUAAAAUUAGGUCGUUUAUUCCUUUAUUUUUCGAUUAAUAUUAUUCUUGUGAAGAGGAUUAUUGGCGUAGUUUUUCCUAAAAAUGAGGACUUAAGGAAAUCCUCCACUUUUUCUUCCCCAGGACAACACAAUAAUUUUUUAUGCAUGCUGAUUUGUAGUUUUUUUCACGAACGUUAUUUUAGAGAUAAAUAUUACACAAUCAGCUGUGUUUGUUGGAAAGGUUUUUUUUUGUUUUAAUUAGAGUAGCUAUACACUAAGUAAGUUAGUAAGUUUUAUUUACCUAGUUACUAUAGCCUUAGCCGAUGACAGGAGCAUCGGUAAUUAAUAUUAGUAGUUUUUUAUUUUUUAUUGCGCGUUACUGGGCACCUUUCUUUCCUGAGGACAUGAUGAUAAUAACAAUAGGUAAUGAUAAUUACUAAUUUUUUAUCGAUAAUGUAAAUUAUUAGGAUUCUGGAAUUGUUAUUUCAAAAAUAUUUCAACUAUAGCAUUAGCAAUUUCAUCAAAUGUCUCGUCGCUUUCGAUACUCUCGUUUUUAUUUUCAUAAUUGUUUUCUGUUUGACUGUCAUUUUAUCUAAUAAUUUUUAUCCACCUUUACGUAUUACUUAUUUUCUUUUUCUCGUAAAAUCACUUUAAAUUAGAUAUUUCUUAAGUGAGAAAUAUAAUUUUCAAUGUGUUUUUUCAAUACGUAAGCUAUAUUCAAUGACAUACGUAAAUAUAAAUUUCCGGAUUGACUGAUUUUUUGUUUUAACUAUGACAAAUGAAAUCGUUGUACACCACAAAAACAUAAUGCAGAUACACUUUAAAAUACAUAGGUCAGCAAAUAAGAGAUUAUGAUGUGCGUGUAUCUUUGAAAGGAAAUUGCUGAUAAUGUUACACACGCAUUUACCAUUUCUCUAGGCAAAAUUCCAUAACCUCUUUUCACUUUAACUACUUUGAUUAUAUUUAUUUUCAAUUUGUUACUUUUCUAGAGAAAAUAAAACCACAUUUUUAACCAA